AUGCGAUUACGAAAAGCUGCUCGACCAUCCAACUCCGCUCCUACUGCUAGUAAUAGCACGCAGACUGUGGAUGUCAACUCUAACCUUAAAAAGAUGAACAAGUCCCAAGCAAUCAAAGAAAAGAAUGACAAGCUGGUUGAGUUGCAAUUAAAAGCUAAAGAGAACGAUGAAACGGUCACUAGUUCACAACAUCAAGCCCUUGACAAACUUACCUUCCUCCAAAAACGUGCUCAGCUCCUCAACAAACUUGAAAUCCUCCAAAAGCAUGCCCAAGCUACUCUCAUGCAGAAGCUUGAGCUGCACGAGUGCCCAAUCCCUCGACUCUUUAUUAUCUUACCUAUCGAUCUAACCAAGUGGGAUCCAAUAAAUAUCUUAAGGAACAAGUUCCGCCUUCACUUCCUAUGUGAAUAUGGCAUUCACUCUGCAGAGACAAGCAAAUGCAGUAAGGACGCACUCGAUUUUACCAAACACAAAGGGUAUGAUUUUCAAAACAGUACAGAAUUCUUUCGAAAAUAUGGGAAACACAUUUUCGUCCUUUUACGGUGGGUCGAAGUAGGAAUGAGAUUGUCCUCGACUCUUUCUCCACCAUCGGGCCCAAACCCACUUGCUGCUGGUAUCAAAUAUUCACUCGAUUAUAUGCGAGCACUCUCUGUCAAGUAUCCGGCCUUGGAAAACAUCAGAACAAUCGAUGAUAAUGAGGUGCUUGAAGGGGCCGAUCUCCAGCAACUGGGGACAUUCCUUUACGCCAACGGUAAAGAUAUGAAGCUUGGCGAUUUGUACAGGACCACGACAGAAGUAGGCCAUGUCAAAUGGGUCUGUGCCGACCACUUUCAUCCGACGUAUAAGGAGAGAGAUCAGACAAGGCUUAAAAAUGCAGUGGAGAUGAAUGGUGGGAAAUACGAACCACGCCUUGGUAAAGUCGUUAUCGAAUUGGAAUCCAGAACCAGAGCUGGUAAAUUCUUUGGAGCCUUAACUAGUGCCAAAUAUAUUUGCGAGUUAGAUAUCACACUCAAGUGGGAUUGGACCAAGGCAGAUCUUAAAGCACUUGAGAAUGUCCUGAGAGUGUCGAAUAUAUCAAUUCUUCGACUUGACCUUGGAUGGUCUCGUGAAAGCAUUACGAGGCAACUGCUUGCAGCAUCCACGCGAUAUGAAAUGCUUCUUCGCAUCAUGGAGCUUGGUAAUAUGAGAACAAUUCAUAUCAUUCUAUCACCGGAUGUCAUAAAGGUCCCCAAAUUACAAACUGAGGCGUCAUCACACCUUCAUGAGUUAUCCUUUGCGAUAAGGCCUCGGUGGAUUGGAACUAGCGAUCUUCGAGUCCUUGUAAACUCGCUCAAGUCUGCCACGAAUUUGACGUAUUUGGACUUGUACGACAACUCAAUUGGGGAUGAAGGAGCUCUAGUACUGGCCGCGGCGCUCAAGACUAACACGACUUUGACAUAUUUGGACUUGGAGGCAAACUCAAUCGGGGAUGAAGGAGCUACUGCGCUCGCAAAGGCACUCGAAUCUAACAAGACUUUGGCCGCCUUGAACUUGUGGAGCAAUUCAAUUGGGGAUUAUGGGGCUCUUGCGUUCUCAGAGGCACUCAAAACCAAUAAAACUUUGAUCACUCUGCGCUUUUGUUAUAAUUCAAUUGGUGAUGAAGGAGCUCUGGCACUCUCAAAAGCACUCAAGACCAACACGACUUUGGCCACUUUGGACUUGAGUAUCAACGAAGUUGGGGAUGAUGGAGCUCAGGCGUUGUCAAAGGCUCUAAAGACCAACACGGCUUUGACCUUAUUGGAUUUGGAGAACAACAAAAUUAGGAAUGAAGGAGCUCUGGCGCUGUCAGAAGCGCUCAAGUCCAAUCUUACUUUGUCCAAUCUAAAUUUGGUGUGUAACCUAAUUGAGAAUGAAGGAGCUCUUGCAUUGUCCGAGGCACUCAAGUUCAACACGGCUUUGACUACUUUGGACUUGAGGAACAACUUGAUUGGGAAGGAGGGAGCUCUGGCGCUCUUAGAUACACGCAGGACUUGCGCGACUUUGUCAGCUUUGGGCUUGUGGGGCAGCUUAGUUGAGAAAGAGGAGGCCGCUAUACUGGUGGAGGCGCUCAAAGCCAAAUCAACUUUGACCAAUUUGAGCUUGCACGACAAAAUUGGGGCUGAAGGGGCUCUGGCACUAUCAGAGGCCCUCAAGACAAAUACGACUUUGGAUAGCCUAGACUUGAGAUACAACAGGAUUGAGAAGGAAGGGACCCUGGCACUCUCAGAGGCGCUCAAGCUAAACAAGGCUUUGGUCAGGUUGGACUUGAGGAGCAACUUGAUUGAAAAUGAAGGGGCCAUUGCGCUGUCAGAGGCGCUAAAGUCUAAUACGGCUCUGGCUACUUUGGACUUGAGGGAUAACCCAAUUAAGAGGGAAGGAGUCUUGGCACUUUUAGAUGCGCACAAGGCUAACCCAACUUUGACCACUUUAGGCUUGCAGGACAGCCUAGUUAUGGGGGAACUGUCAAAGACACUCAAAGGCAUCAUGACCUCGUCCACUUUGCAUUUGCAUGACAGCACAAUCAGAGAUGAAGUGGUUCUUGCGCUCUCAGAGACACUCAAGAUAAACAUGACCUUGACCAAUUUAGAAUUGGGGGACAACUUAAUUGGGGAUGAAGGAUCUUCGGUACUAUCAAAGGCCCUCAAAGCCAACACGACUUUGACCAACUUGAGCUUGGAAUGGAAUUCAAUUGGGAAUGAAGGAGCUCUGGCACUCUCAGAAGCACUCAAGACAAACACGACUUUGACGCAUUUGGAUUUGCGUAGCAACUUAAUUGAGGAAGGAGGAGCUCGGGCAUUCGCACAGGCACUCGAGACAAAUACGACUUUGACAUAUUUGGAUUUGGGUUACAACAAAUUCGGGAAGGAAGGAGCUCUGACAAUCUUAGAGGCACUCAAGAAAAAUAUGGUUUUGACCAAGUUGGGUUUGGAGAGAAGCCGCUUUGGGGAUGAAGGAGCUCUGGUACUCUCAGAGGUACUCAAGACUACCAUGGCUUUGACCAAGUUGGCCUUGACGAUGAACAACAUUAAGGAUAAAGGAGCUCUGGCAAUCUCAGAGGCACUCAAGACAAACACUACUUUGACACAUUUGGAUUUGAGCCAUAUCAUCAUGAUGCACUCUGUUCACCAUUUACUUGCUUCUACUCUUUUAGCGCAUCUAGCAACAAUCACUAUUUUCCACUCCUUCUUCCUCCAGCCUAAUGGAAAACAAAACGCCUUUGUGGCUCCUUUUUCGCUAGAGCUGGGAAAAGAAUACUGA